AUGGCACCUCAGCAGAAGUCUGGCAUUGCUGUUGGCAUCAACAAAGGCCACAUCACCACUCGUCGUGAGCUUAAGCAGAAGCCUUCCCAACGUCGUGCUAUCGGCAAGCGCACCGCAUUUGUCCGUAGCAUUGUGCGUGAAGUUGCUGGUUUCGCUCCCUAUGAACGUCGCGUUAUGGAAUUGAUCAAGAACUCCCGUGAUAAGCGUGCCAAGAAGCUUACCAAGAGAAGACUUGGUACCUUUGUUCGUGCAAAGAAGAAGAUUGAUGAGCUUCAGGGUGUUAUUGCCGAGUCCCGUCGUCAGCACUAG